AUGGGGAGAACAACCGAAUAUACAAUCAUGGGUCCACCUGCGGACCCUGCUGGACUUUCUCCUCCUCUGUCUCUCAAGUCCUUGCCAUAUCGGAAAGACUCAAAGACCGCCUCACCCAACCUACGUACGCUUUAUCGCAUGACUGCUCAGGACGGCCAAGACCACGAGAAACCCUCAGAUCGACCUGCGACUGCGCUUGUACCAACCUCGCCCCAUCUACCUCCUACACCUCCUGGAGCGAGUAAUGGAGAUGUGCCUCAUACUGUGGAGGAAAUCGCUUCUGAUGCUGCUGUUUUCAGGUCAGCUUUGGUGACGCCCACGAAUCAGAAUAGCCCACCAACACCCGACAAUACUCCUCCUCGCGAGAGGAAAAUCCCAUUCGUACGCCCAUUUCUCGGUACACAGUCAUCGCUAACUUCCACUCGCGCCGAUUCGUUUACGACUGCCAGGGAAGACUUUGGCUCAGAGGAUGGAUCGGACUUGAUUUCGCACUAUCAGGGCAACCUAGGAUGGUCGCAAUCAUCAUUGACCAAAUAUAGCCACUCAGCACACAAGUUGCGAUAUAGCGCCUUGUCUCGCUCGCCGCUGAUGAAUGGUGAUGGUGAUGGUGAAGCGCAGCCGAUCAAUGGCCUUCUCGAGAGGUCUGACGACCGGAGUUUCGGUGCCUCUCCUAAUCACGAGGAGAUAGUCCUGAGUGGUAAUAGCCUCCUCGCAAGCCCACAGGCUCUCAGUACUUCUUCAACACCGCUGGGCUUGGCAAGAGUGGAAGAAAUGCCAUUACAGAAUGGCAUACUGCCGGAUGACAACGCACAAGAGGUCGAAGCUACACCACGAUCAACAGCGAGCCCGCAUCAAGGCGGCUUGAAGCGCGGAAAAAGUCUUCGCGAUAGGCUCCUUGAAGCGCAACAUGGAGAUCCGUCGGCGUCGACAGAAAAGUUUGCAAGCAUAAUCGGCUGGAACGACUCUGUUCCAAUCGAGGACAUGCCCACAGCAAAUCGGGACACUGCUCGUGACGACGUUCGGCGGUUCUCAGGUAUCUCCACAACAUCCACCGUCGAAGCCUAUGUGUUCGAGUCCGCUCCCUUACCCAGGCGAAGGACGACCCUGCGCCAUGUAAGCAAACAGGAGUCUUUGCGGUCUGUCAGUUCCCCUCUUCCUGUGUCGAACCGUGAUUCUAUGCACUCAACCUCAGAUUCUCCGCAUCGCUUGGUCCAUAAAAAGGCUCGCCUGAGUAAUCAGAACCGGUGGAGCUUUGGCUCGGAAAUCUCAAGAUCCCACAGUCUCGCCUCGAGCGCAGUGCUACCGAAGACAGAAGUGAUACGGGUGGCGGUCAUUCCGGAGAGAAGGUCUUCGUUACCUACUUCGAGUAGCAGUGCUAGCAAGAGACAGUCGCUUUCGACGGGCUCUGCAAGGUCGCAGUCUCGCAAGGUUUCGGACAAUCCACCAUCAGCAUGGCAGCACAAGAGGACAUUAUCCGAAUCUAUCGAUCGUGGCAGACAAGCGGAACAUCCACCCGAAAUCCCUGUGCGAAGCUCUUCAUUGUCUGCGCCGACCUCCAGGAGUACGUCUCGAGCGAAUUCGAUCACUUCCGAAAAUCUCCGCGCCAGGCGGCAAGAAGCAGAGAAGGACUUGCGCAAGACCCUGGACAGAAUGGAAUCUGAUCGUCUGCUCCAGAGUGUGCGUGAUUGGACGCUAAAAGACGAAGCAGCCACGAGUCAACCCACAGAGACCAUUCAGGUCCGGCUUCCCACAAAGCAGGCAACUGUUCGGACCCCAUCACUCACAGAGGCUCUUCUCAGCGCUCCCACCAACGAAGGAGACCGCGCAAAUAAUGCUCUCGGCCUGGCCCUACCAGGAACGCAGGAGUGGGCAGCUCUUCGACCCGCUUCCGUUCUCGAGACGCCCUUUUCGCAACCCUCGUUUCGAUCAGCAUCGCCGGAGAUCAACGAAGCUCGGGCGGUCAAUUUCUUCCCGCACAAUAAUCAUUCUUUGCAGCUGAUCGAACCGUCUCCGAUACAUGAAUCGAGAGCCGUGCGUGAAGUGCAGAAGCAACGAUUGCCGCAGAUUGAGGUGGAAUCCCCUCUGCGAAACCCUCGACGCCCACCUGAGCCACCUCGAUUCAAGGUCAUUCCAGCGACUCCAGGAGAGGAGCUUGACCAGCGACUUGGCUUUAAUGGACCUGCCCCCAGUCGGGGAGGCUCCAUCAGACGUCCUGGGACUCACCGUCGCUCUGACUCAUUGAUGAGCUCAAUUUCUCGUGGCUUGAGCCUGAAGAAUGCUCGGAACCAGAAAGCCGAUCAAGAACUUGAUGGGAAGUUACACCCAUUCUGGCGUCCUCGAGCUUUUUGGGACGACAUUGAUAACCCCCGGCCUGAAGGAGAACAGGAAAUCUCUCGGGAAGCGGGCGUAGUGUAUAAUUCACUCGGUCUGCCGCAAGAGCGGACUGUCAUCACAGGUCCGGUUUCGCUAGUCCGACGCAUCUCAGAACGUCGGCGGCGACGAGAGGGAAUAGUCAAGCAGACCAGCCAUGGUAGUCUUGCGAAAUUUCAAGCCACGCGCCAACUCUAUACAUCACCAGGGCUGGGCUUCCGGUUCCAUCUUGUUGGAAUCAAGAACCUUCACCAACGAAUACUACGAGCCAGACAAAGAAAAGAGCAUGAACGACAAGAGAAGAGACGAGCUCAGCUGAGACGAAGCAUCGGAGCAAAUGUGAUUAUGCAGGGAGAUUCCAGGUUUCCAGCGAGCAAUACCAGUCUAUCAAGGGACGUCUAA